GAUGGCAACAGGAUUAUAUGCGGAAACACAUGGGGUUGUAGAUAACGAAUUUUAUGAUCCAGUCGUUCACAAUGUUACAAAAUAUUCAUACAAGUUAUAUCAUUAUGAUAACAGUAUUCUUCCUAUUUGGACGGUAAAUGAAAAAAAAGGCAGGCAUAGUGGUACAAUGAUGUGGCCAGGUUCUGUGUUUGAGUAUCAAGGAACAUCGCCUACCUUUGCACAGCCAUUUAAUGAUACAAUUUCAUGGAAAGACAGGGUUGACACAUUAAUAUCAUGGUUUGUACAUCCCACAAACCCAAUAAAUCUGGGAAUAUUGUACAUCGAGGAACCAGAUUACCACGGUCAUGCUGUAGGGAUUAAUAGUCCUGAAUUUAAUGAAAUUCUAAAAAAGCUGGACAAUAUUACAAGAUAUAUGCAUGAUAAAAUUGAUCAUUAUGGCUUGACAGAUCUUAAUGUAAUACACUUAAGCGAUCAUGGCAUGGCAUCGGUUACAAUGGAAAGAAUAAUUAAUUUAGCAAAUUAUAUAAAUGCUAGCGAUUAUACAUUUGUAGGAACUUCUCCAGGAUUACAUAUUUUCCCAAAUCCUGGAAAAGAAGAGUUGAUUUAUGAGAAAUUAAAGUUUGCUGCAGAAAAAACGAGCACGUUUAAAGUAUAUAAAAAAGAAGAUAUUCCGAAAAAAUAUCAUUACGGCAAUAAUACUCGUAUAGGACCUAUUUUCGUCAUAGCCGAAGUCGGAUAUGCAUUUCAAAAUCUUUAUGAUGCUAUAGAAUAUUAUAAAAAGAAAUUUAAUAUUACGGUUAACAAUCAGACAGAAUUUGGACUGCAUGGUUACAACAAUGAAGCUAUGGAGAUGCAUCCCUUUUUCUUUGCUAAUGGUCCUGCUUUUAUACCAGGAUGUAAAUUAGAGCCUUUUAAUAACACAGACUUAUUUCCUCUAUUUUGUAAAAUACUUGACUUGAGCUGUCCCAUGGUUAAUGGUACUUUAUCUCAUUUAACAAAGUGCCUUAGAACACGAUCGAAAGAUGUAUCGGUAUCUAUAUAUAGAAAACCUAGAAUACUAUUUGCAGGUAUGAUAAUCGUUGCAAUAUUACUAGGAAUUACAGUACAGGCGAUAAUAUUUUAUAGGAAAAAACGAAGAUUAGCGCAUGGUUAUAGAAAAUCGUAUUAUACACUGGGCGAAUAAUAUUUUAUGAUUGAUAAUAAAUAUGGUAUUAUUUAUAUUUUGAUCAUUAAUUAAUGACAUAUGUAAGAAAUACAAUA